GUCCACCGAUCGAAGUGAAUAUUACGGCACACAUUACAACAAUCAGUGCUAUAACGGAAGUUUCUAUGGACUAUACAUUGGAUCUUUAUUUACGGCAAAUCUGGAAAGAUCCACGAUUGGCAUGGGAAAGCGAUGUGCAAUCAUCGUUGACAAUAGGGGCUACACAAGAACUAAAAAGGGAACAGGUUCUGCUUGGGUGA